UUUUUUCAGUUGUCAGACUGGGAAAUAAUUAACUCUCCUCAUUUGUGAACGCAAACACACCUGCUUAGUUACCUCACAACAGUGUUUCAGUGCUUCUUUGAGCUAAGGGAAGCAGCAUCUCUUUGAUAAAAACAAGACUCCUAAACAGCUCAAAUCAUAUCAUGUUUAACUUGUUUUCUCGCUGUACACUUCUUUUCUUCGAGCAGGUUAUUUCACUAAUCUAAAUGGUGAAUGAAUAGUAAUCUCUUUGGAAAUAAUGGGUUAAAUCAUACAAGGAAGUACCUGUGUGGUCAUUACAGAGGGAGUAAAGUCCGUGAGAGAAGACAACAGGGAAGUGUUCCUGGAUAGGGAGUAUUCCCUCAUGACGAGCUGCUUCGCUGUUUGUUUUACUCUGGAUUUCUUGCUGGUAAAGUAGACUUUUAGAUGUUACAGAGGAAAGUCUUUAAAGCUGGUUGUGUUAAACUGCAUCAGAGAAAUGGCCAGUGAACAACUGAGACAAGGAUCAGGAGACGAGUAUGACUAUAUUGAAGAAAUUAGCUACCCUGGUGACCAGCGGUCACUAAGGUUACGACGGGCUUCAUCUCGAGUGUCCAAUCAGAAUCACCCUCAGUUCGACUGGAGCUCAACUCCUGCAGAGGAGGAUGAAGAGGGCAACAGCAAACCGCCACGGGACCUCAGGGGCAUUCCUAUGCCCAUGGCACUGAAAAGAGCUGUGAGGCAGGUGCAGCAGAUGCAGGUGCCUGUGGUUUCCAGCAGGGAGUCCUGGAAACGGAAAAGGGCCAAAUCACUGCUCAAACUCAAAAAUGGCGCCAGAGCAACUCUCAACUUUUUCGCACUGUGGAGCAAGACUUUGCAAAAGAUCGGAGGGAACUUUGGAGGUGGUGUCCAGUCUUACUUCCUGUUCCUACGAUUCUUGGUGCUGCUCAAUUUUUUCUCCUUUUUACUGAUCGCUGGAUUUGUCCUCGUCCCCAGCAUUGUCUUCAGAUCUGUCGGGGCCAGCCUUGUCAACAGCACUGGUCCAGAGGUAUGCAUGGAAUAUGAGCCUAAUCCUGAAGGCCUGGUGGUGUUCUAUAAUUACUUCCUUGACUUACUUUCAGGAACGGGUUUCAUGGAGUAUUCAUACCUGUUUUAUGGCUACUACAACAACACAAUGGUGACGGACAGUAACUUCUCCUACAACAUUCCCCUGGCCUACGUCUUCACUGCCGUCUUCUACUUUGCUUUUUGUUUCAUUUGUAUCAUUGCACGCAUGGGGACUGCAGCGCGGGUUGCUGUGGCAACGGGAGGCAGCGCUGUGGGCAACUACAGCAUGAUUGUGUUCACCAGCUGGGACUACGGCUGCCCGGGAGAGCGAGCUACCAAACUGAAGCAGAAGAACAUCCACUACCAGCUGCAGGUGGAUCUGGAGGAGGAGAGUAUCAAGAAAAGGGCAGCCAGUUUGACAAUGUGUCAAAAAAUUGUUUUAUACUCUCUACGUGUGUUUAUGGGUUUUUUUUCCUUCGGGCUCAUUAUAGCAGCUUUCUAUGGCAUCUUCGAGGCCACCAACUACAGCCAGGACAGGAGCGGGCAGGACGGGAUCAUGGGUUUGAUUUUUGAGUAUCUGCCUUCCAUCGUCAUCACCGCCGGAAACUUUGUGGUGCCGCUGCUGUGUGACCAGAUCGCCCUGGUAGAGCGAUACUCCCCCAGCACCACUGUCAUAGUGGCACUGUUAAGGGCAGUGUUCCUUCGUCUGGUGAGUCUGGGCGUUCUCCUCUUCACCCUGUGGAGUCAGAUCACCUGUGAUGGCAAAACAGAUAGUGGAGACUGUGAACCGUGCCAUUACAACCAUAAAUUCUACCCGUGCUGGGAAACACGUAUUGGACAGGAGAUGUACAAGCUGACGCUGUUCGACCUCCUCAUCAACAUCGCUGUGCUCGUCCUGGUCGAGUUUCCACGCAGGAUUGUGGUGGACAACUGGUCCAAUAAGCUGGCUCAGUGGGUGGGCCGGCAGGAGUUUGUGGUUCCUGCCAACGUUCUUGGUCUGGUUUAUGGUCAGACCGUGGUCUGGACAGGAGCUCUUUUUUGCCCUCUGCUGCCUGUCAUCAACACCCUCAAGUUCAUCCUCCUCUUCUACUUCAGGAAGAUCACACUCUUCAAUAACUGUCGGCCAGCACUGAAGACGUUUCGCUCCACCACCUCCACCUUCUUUUUUCUGGCGGUACUCCUGUUUGGCUGGAUCCUCGCUUUAGUCGUCAUGAUUUACAGUCUGGCUGAGAUCCGGCCUUCUAUGGGUUGUGGCCCUUUCCGUUUCUUCCCCACCAUGUGGUCGAUUGUUCCAACAUCUUUCUACAACCUCUCCGAAGUGACACAGGAGUUUCUCUUCUUCAUUGGUUCCCAGGCAUUCUCCAUCCCUCUGUUUGCAUUGUUAUUUGUGGUGAUGUGGUAUUUCAUAGCCUUGGCCUCCGUCUAUGGGAAAAGUGUUGCCCUGCUAAGAGCUCAGAUUAAACUGGAGGGCCGUGACAAGCAGUUCUUGUUGAAGCAGAUUGAGCAGCUGAGUCGACAGCAACAGAUAGCCUACUAAAACAAUGGGACCAUUUUUAGGUUUUACGGCCUUAUAAAUGUUAAAACAACAUAAUGAGGCAUCUGAAAAGACUGAAUGGAUCCUAUAAUUUAUAAAGUCAGUGUCAAAUAAGGCUAGCCGGGGUUUAAUUUAUUGAACUAAAGAUGUUAUGGUUCUUGGCAGGUCAAACAGAGAUAUUUUGAAUAAAGGGAAAUGAACCUGUUCAUUCUUAACCUACCAAAGCUAGCAGUAUAUCAGAAUCUGUUUUUUUUUUUGCCAAGCAAGUGAUUUGCUUUGGUGUUUUGGUGGAUAACAAUAAGCACUUAAUACAAAAGUCAAGCAGCAUCCAUAUAGAAUUAAAAGAUUUACAUUAAAGUAUAGAAAAUACUAUGAAAAUGUGUUCAAUAUAUGUAUUAAAUCAGAAGCUGGUUUAUUGCCAAGUACGUUUUUAUAUACAAGGAGUAUAUACAGUGAAAGAACUGCACAGUUUUGUGCAGAAAUGUGCAAAUAAUUAUCAAAGGAAUAUAAUAUAUAAAGUUUUGAGAAUGCAAUGUAAAAGAUGAUAAUAAUCAGGAAGAUGUCUAAAACUGUAAGAUACUGUAUGUGUUAAUGUAAGGCAUUGUUGACAGAUGUGGAGAUAAAGCUAUUAUAUAUGUAGAAAGUCCAAGAGUGGAAAGAGUGUCUUUAUAAAUGCAGUUUUACUCUACUUCAGUUUAUAAAAAUAAACCCUAAAUAAACAAGUAUUUUUCCUUUUGGACAAUAAAAUGUAAGGACUUGU